GUUUCGGCGGACAAGGUGGGCCAGGCGGCAUGCGUCCAGGCUUCGGUGGACCAGGCGGCAUGCGCCCACCUGCUCCAGGUUUCGGACCAGGCGGUCGUCCAGGCGUCGGUGGACCAGGCGGCAUGCGCCCACCUGCUCCAGGUUUCGGACCAGGCGGUCGUCCAGGCUUCGGUGGACCAGGCGGCAUGCGCCCAGCUGCUCCAGGUUUCGGACCAGGCGCUCGUCCAGGCGGCACCAAUCUUGGGCAAACGCCAAUGCCAAUCAGGAGAGCUAGGAAUGUGCAGGUCAAUCGCUUCCCGUACUUCGAUGAAGGACUUUGGCAGCGGUCAUCAAUUACUGGAGAAUCUUUUCCGCUGAUCAAAAACACGUGA